AUGCGUCUGUACAUGCAUAACACAAACACAGCCAUGAAAGGUCUUAUUGUAGGAGAGAAACCCUCUUCUUGCAUUCUCUUCUUCUUCAUCAUCUUCUUGUUCCUCCUAUCUCUGUCUGCUUUGGCUGAACCCUCAAAAUCAAUCAAAGCUAAAGAACCAUGCAAAAGGCUGGUCCUAUACUACCACAACAUCAUCUUCAAUGGCACCAACGUGGCCAAUGCGACCUCAGCCAGAGCUACAAAUCAGACUAAACUCGGGGAGGAUCACUUCCAUUUUGGGAUGUUGAUGGCGUUCGACGAUCCGAUGACGAAGGACAACCACCUUCUCUCUCCACCGGUGGCAAGAGCUCAAGGGUUCUAUCUAUAUGACAUGAAAACCGCAUCCAGUGCUUGGUUUUCCUACACUUUGGUGUUCAACUCUAGUGAAUAUAAAGGUACCAUCAACAUUAUAGGUGCGAACAUCAUUGACAACGAAACCAGAGAUCUCUCGGUGGUUGGUGGGACCGGAGAUUUCUUCAUGGUACGAGGAAUCGUCACCUUUAGAACUGACGCUAUAGAGGUUUCCAAGUAUUUUCGCCUUCAAAUGGAUAUCAAGUUAUAUGAAUGUUAUAAUUAA